AUGAAAAGGAAGUGGCUGCGUGAUCGGACGCGUCGCGACCAAGGGGGUCUUGAUUUUGUGAUGGCACACAUCCAAGUAUGCGUAAGCAGCCCGAGCUUACUCACGGUGUAUGGGACCUCUAGGCUCAGAAGCUGUUCCGCUGCAUCUUGCGCAGCCUUGGUCCUGUCGUAUGAGAAGGGCAAGGGCCGUGCUGACACUUGGAGCCAUGAUGUGACACGCAUGUCAGACGCCGUCAGACCUGCAUCAGAUCUCAGAGAUAUUUGGGAGGUUGUUGGUGGCGCAGGUCACGGAGGCAUUGUUGUUCGACGAGGUCGUGACUUGGGGAGCACGCUGCUCCACUCCAGAUUGGGCCAAGGUUCAGUUGUGCAACAAGUUUCGCUGAUCCACGGGCGCUUGCGCUACGUCAAAAUUUCUGGCGAGGGUCCCGAUCAUGGUUGGGUGAGCCUUCGAUCUGGCGGAAAGCAGCUUUUGCGGCAUGUCGAUGUAGUAUCAUCGACGAAGCUGCGUACUCGGUCAUUCGGAAGCCCGGGCUUGAUCCUUUGCAUAGGGGACUCCUUGACGGCCGGUGGAUAUCCUACGCUCCUCCAGGGCUUGUUGUCCGAUGCCAGCCCUGCCGUUGUGAAAGACUUUGGCGUGCGCGGCGCAUCGGUCUUGCCCAUGGCUGGAGGACCAUGUGUCGCAUAUUCCAGCUUAGCUCGGCUGGAUGCAGAAUUGCGGUGCAACCCUCCCGAUGCGAUUAUUGUCAUGCUCGGCACGAACGAUGCUCGGUCGGCUCAUUGGGAUGCAGAGGCGUUCCAGAUGGAGUACUGCGCUCUUCUGCAACGACUUGAAGGGUUGGAGCUCGAACCAGAUGCUGUGGGCAGCCGACGGUUGGUGCUCAUCGCAGUGCCUCCGAGAGUCACAUCGAACGCUUGGGGCAUUGAUGUUGACAUCGCGGACAACGACCUUGCAAAUGCUGUGGAAGUGGUUGCGCAAAAGAUGGGGAUGGCCUUAGUCAAUCUGCGGGAUGUUCUCGAUCCAAUUGCAGCAUUCGUCUCUGAUGGCGUUCACCUUACGCAGGCUGGUUCGGCUUUGGUCGCAGAGAAUGCCAAGCGAGCCCUUCUUCCUGCCAUUUGCUGCGAGCUGGGCGGUGCCUUCCAGCGGUUUGAAUUGUUGCGGCGCAAGCAGCUCACGCCAACGGCAUGCCUCCUGCGCUUCGCCGUUCCGGGUGGGCAGCCCCUCGGUGGCUAUGACCGGACAGCUCCCACAGGUGUCAAGGUGCAGCUGCUGAGCCAGGACGGUUCGAGCUUGGAGAAGUCUUACUCUCCGGUCUCGCAUCCGUCUCAGGUCGGGUUCUUUGACUUGCUUGUGCGCGCCUACCCUCCGAGACCUGGGGGCGGGCUUGGUGCAUACCUCUGUGGCUUGAGGCCAGGGCAGGCUGCUCUCAUGAAAGUGAAGCCCGAAAGCUUCAGCAGCCUUUGCGGAGCUCCGCUGCGACCGGGCCGCUGGGACCGGCUAGGCCUCAUAGCAGCCGGCACGGGUCUGGCACCGCUGCUGCAGGUCGCACGGGAAGCGCUCUCAUGGAGGGACACCACCCGACUCUCACUGGUUUUAGCCUGUCGCAGCGAAUCCGAAAUCCUUAUGCGUGAGGAACUUGAGCUGCUGGCUCAGAAUCCCGCAAUCCGCAUCUCGUACCAGCUGAGCAAGCCUGGACCCGGAUGGCCCUCCGAUUGCAGUGGCCGCCUGUCAAAAGCUGUGCUAGAGCAAAGUUUGCCUUCGCCAGACUCUCGAGGUCGAGGGAGUGGACCAGCCACAGGCUCCAAGGCAACAUCACCGGAAAAAGCGCAGCUGGCAGCAUUGCUGAAGCUGAGAAGUUAUGUGACUGUCGGUACAGUGGAGAAGGCCAUCUCUCCUGUUUUGAAGAAGUGGCAUGCCCAGCCGGCAAUGGCCACACACGUGCUUACACGCCUGCGACAAGCAAGACGAGCUCUCACCGCAUGGCAAGUGCUCCAGGUUAUGCGGAGCAGUGGUAUAGAGACGAAUGUGAUACACUACAGCAGUGUCAUCAUAGCAUGUGAAAAUCAGGGUGCCUGGCAGCUCGCUCUGGAUUUGGUGGGCUCCAUGGUCUUGUCUAGAAUCGAGCAUGAUGUGAUCAGCAUGAGUUCCGCCAUCAGUGCCUGUGAGAAAGUUGGGCAGUGGGAGCGAGCUCUUGCCCUGCUUGAGACGAUGAAGAAGCAACGCAUUUGGCCAAACGUGGUGAGUUACAGUGCAGCGAUAUCUGCAUGCGAGAAGAAGGGUGAAUGGCAACAAGCUGUGCAACUGCUUGAGGCUAUGCAUGAGCAUCGCGUGUCGCCAAAUGAUAUUACCUGCAAUAGUGCGAUCAGCUCAUGCGAGUUGCAGGGGCAGUGGUUGGUUGCCGUCGACUUGCUGAACAUGAUGCCCGCGCUUGGGGUUUCGCCGGAUGUGAUCUCUUUCAACAGUGCUUUGAGCUCGUGCGAGGAGACUGGGUUCUGGCAACUGGCCUUGAACCUCCUGUCGGGGAUGCAACACGCCCAGCUGGCUCCCAACAUACGCACUUGCAACAGCGUAAUGAACACUUUGCAAGCAGAUGGCCAGUGGCAGCGAGCCUGGAGUCUGCUAAGCCUUAUGAGAUUGAAGGUCAUCAUUCCUGAUGUCACCACCUGCAGCAGAGCCAUUGACUGCUGCGAGAGGGGCAGCAGGUGGCAGCUCGUUGCAGCUUUGGUGUGCUCAAUGCAGGAAGUAAACCUUGAGAAGACACUGAGGUCAAUGUAUGCAGACCGUCUAAGAUUCCUGAGCCGUCAAAGCUUGCGCAUAAAACCGGUGUGCCUGUGUUUUGUAGCCUUGGGCCUUCACAACUGCUGCUUGAUUCUGGUUUGCGGCACGGAUGGCUUCGUUGAAAGUAUGGCGGGGCCUGUCGAACGCGUGAAAACGCCGGAUGGUCAGAAGAGGAAGCAGCAGGGAAAGCUCGGUGGUUUGCUGGCAGAGUUGGGAUACACGUCGUCCCAGGUUCACAAGUUCUGA